AUGGGCUCGAUUCUCACCAUAAGUGAUACCUUGCAAUCAACCCCAGUCCAAGCUGAUGUUCUGGCGGCCAAAUAUGCAUCCGAGAGAUCUAAACGUCUUUCUCCAGGUGGAUGCCUUGAGCACGAUGGUUCCCAUGUGGAUAGCGAUAUUCUACAGUACCUCAGAAAAGACCCACGUUCCCAGUAUUCAGCUCGGGAACCGAUUAGGGGAGCUGCCCGCGUGGUGAUUGUUGGAGCUGGUAUUGCCGGCCUUAUUGCUGCAGUGAAACUCAAAGAACAAGGUGUUGAUGACUUUGUUAUGAUUGAAAAGGGCGGUAGCUAUGGAGGCACGUGGUACUGGAACCAGUAUCCCGGGUUGGCAUGCGAUGUCGAGGCGCUCAUCUACCUCCCAUUUCUUGAAGAGACUGGAUACGUGCCCAAAACGCGAUAUCCAUUGGCAAAGGAUAUUCGUGCUCAUCUGACCCGAAUUGUAGAGAAAUGGAAUCUUCUUCCCCAGAUCAUUCUAGGAACCUCUACAACGGCGAUGAGUUGGGAUGAACCGGCCCGGAGAUGGCACAUCACUACCAAUCGGUCGGAUCAGUGGACGUCUCAGUUUGUGGUCCUGGCCACCGGUCUCUUUCAUGAGCCAAAGAUACCACAGAUUCCAGGUAUUGAAACCUUUCAGGGAGCGCAUUUUCACAGUGGUCGUUGGGACUACCAGCUCACUGGGGGCGAUGCCUACUCGCCCCGAGAUCGUCUAGCGGGCAAGUCUGUCGGCGUCAUGGGCACCGGCGCAUCAGCCGUGCAGAUUAUACCCCAGCUGGCACGAGAUGCUCAAAAGCUGUAUGUGUUUCAAAGAACCCCGUCGUCUAUCACCCUACGCGACGACGUUCCUGUCGAAGCCACGACGAUUGCGACUUGGCCACGCGGGUGGCAGAAGACACGCAUGGAGGAUUUCUCGCGUAUUGUUCAGGGAGAAGAGCUCUCUCAGAAGCCGUGCUCGGCUACUGAAGGUUUUGAUGCCCUAGCUUUGCGCAAUAUCCUCCGCGACUACUUGCACGAAGCCUCGCUGGCUGAAAUCCAAGACCUUCUACCACGACUGUUCCAAGAGGCUGACUAUCGUCUCAUGGAUCGUAUCCGCAAAACAGUAGAAACUAUUGUACAGGACCCCGCCACAGCGGAGGACCUGAAGCCGUGGUAUGGCUUUUUGUGCAAGCGCCCAGCAUUCAAUAAUCAGUAUCUGGCCACCUUUAAUCAGCCAAAUGUUCAGCUUGUCGACACUCAGGGAAAGGGUGUUUCUCGGCUUAUCCCCAAAGGAGUCGAGGUUAACGGACGGGAAUUCGAGGUCGAUGUGCUCAUUUACUGCACUGGGUUCGACUACGAGAUCGGAACAAGCUUCUACGACCGUACGGGCAUCGACCUGACUGGAUCUCAAGGCCAAACCCUCGAUUCUGAGUGGGCCGUUGACGGUCCUUCAACUCUCUACGGUAUUCACGUUCGGCAUUUCCCUAACCUGUUUUAUAUGGGUCCAGUCCAGGCGGGCGCUUCCUUCAACUACACCCACACGGCGUACGAGGCUGCUGCACAUAUUGCAGCGCUCAUAAGACAUUGCGUCGACCAUGAGCACGACUUCCAGGCCAUCCAGCCGACCCAGGAGGCCCAAGAGGAUUGGGUUCAGCAGAACGAAGCCGGAAGUGAUGAGCGGCUCCGGUUUGCCCAGUCCUGCACCCCAGGGUAUUUCAACGGGCAGGGAAAACCAGACCGGAUUUCUGCUCGCUGGAGCUACUAUCCGAAGGGAAUUGCAGCAUGGGUUCAUGCUAUGCAGGCAUCAAGAGAGGGUGGCAAAUUGACCGGGUUUGAAACCUGGUAG